GAAGUGGGCAAACACUCGAGCUUUUCUUUUUGACAUACUUUAACCUCGCACUUUGGAGAAACUUACUGCUUAUGUUCUGGCAAUCCCCACCAGAAGCUUGAAGAAGAGUAAAGAGACCAAUUUAGGCAUUGGUCCUUUGAUUAGAUACCUUGCCUCCCAUGUUAAGGCCUUUUCUCAUUUGUAAAACAACCUUUGGAACAUAAACAUUUGAAGAUGUCUUGGGUACUUCACCAUCAAAUCAUGCAAAAAGAUGGUUUCUUUCAGAAUCCAUCUCCUCCUCCGCCGCCGCCUCCACCAUCAUCAUCUGGUUCUAGAAUCAGUCCAGCACUUCUUUUCAUUACAGUAAUCUUGGCAGUAUUGUUCUUCAUAUCUGGUGUUGUACAUCUGCUCGUUAGAUUCCUCAUAAAGCACCCACCUUCAUCAUCUCACCCUGAAAUCUCCACCUCUGAUGAUGCUCCCCAAGGGCAGCUGCAGCAACUGUUCCAUCUCCAUGAUUCAGGGUUGGGUCAAGCCUUCAUUGAUGCUUUACCUGUCUUCCACUACAAGCAGAUUGUUGGUUUAAAGGAGCCCUUCGAUUGUGCUGUUUGCUUGUGUGAAUUCUCUGACAGAGAUGAGCUGAGAUUGCUUCCUACUUGUAGCCAUGCUUUCCAUAUCAAUUGUAUCGACACUUGGUUGUUGUCCAAUUCGAGUUGCCCUCUUUGUCGGGGCACCCUUUUCAACCCUGAAUUCUCAAUGCAUAACCCAAUGUUUGAAUUCGAUGGGAUAAGGGAAGACGACGGCAGUCCGAAAACAAUGGAAAUGGAAGAAAUUGUAGUGGACAGAGGUGUUUUAAAUGUGAAACUAGGCAAAUUCAAGAGGUUAAAUGAGCAUGGACCGGGGGAGUGUGUAGGCGAAACAAGUAGCAGCAAUUUGGAUGCAAGGAGGUGCCUUUCGAUGGGCUCGUAUCAGUACGUGCUUGCUGAUUCGGAUCUUAGGGUCCCUCUCUCCAACGAUCGACGCGAUUUUAAGCUAUCGAAAGGGUGGGAAGAAGGGAAAAAGAUGAGCAAUGUGAGUAAAGGGGAAAGCUUUUCGGUUUCUAAGAUAUGGCUUUGGUCUAAGAAACCCAAACUGUCUGCUUCUUCCUCGGAUGAACAAUAUGGUAUGCCUUGUUCUGUUACUACCGAUUUACCACCAUGGUUGGUGAAAAAUGAAAUGUAA